UAGGUUACAUUUAAUCUCUUUAAUUUCCACUCAUCAAUAUCACACAGUAUAAAAGCAAAAAAUGGCGAUGAGAUCUGUCGUUUCACGUAGUGGAUUAGGUCGUUUAAUAGAAGGUCAACGAUCAUCAAUUUCAGGUCUUCGAUCUUUCAGUGAUGGCAAAGUCUUAGGUGAAGAAGAACGUGCUCAAGAAAACAUUUACAUUAAGAAAAUGGAAAGGGAGAGAUUGGAGAAGGCAAAGCAGAAGGCAGAGCGUGAGAAAGCUGAGAAAGAGAAGGACGAUAAGAAGCCUGAAGAAGAGACUAACAAGAGCUGAAGUAUGCGUUUGGGUCAACUGACAUCUCAAACUCUUGCUUUCAUAUGCGUUUGGGUCAACUGACAUCUCAAACUCUUGCUUUCAAGUACCUUCGACAAAUAAAUGGAUAAUGACUAUCUGUAGCUCUUGAUCAUGCCAUUCCUUGUACAAACUAUUGCAAUAGUUGUUAUUAUGCAUCAUGCUUUUUCGUCCUUGGAGUUUUCAAUGUGGCUGAAAAACACGCCUUGUUCAACAAUCAAUAUCAUCUUGUUUGGACCA